AUGAAAGCAGCAGAGACAUGCUGGACGUGUCGUCUCCGCCGAAAGAAGUGCAACAGAGCUCGCCCCAUAUGCGGUAUUUGCGCUACCUUAGGAAUUACCUGUUAUAAUGGCCCAGAGAAAUCUGGUUGGAUGGAUGGCGCAGCUGAACAAAAGGCAAUGGCGGAAACGAUGAAGUGCCAAAUUAAGAAGAGGUCAGAGACACGAGGGAUGUUGUCAGAUCCUUUUGUUGUUACACUUCAACAAGACUAUCAAAUUGGGGCUGACACAACUGAUACAACGGAUCCAUCCGCAGCUAAUUCCCAACCACUAGUUCCCAGCAUCAACACGCCCAUCCCAAGUACCGCCGUGGCUCCGGCUUCAAUCACUGCGUCAGUCUUGGACCUGACUCAGGAGCGCACCUGCGAGCGGUUUAACCCUUCUGAUCCAUCGUCAAGCAAAAACUGGGAGCUAGACUAUAUCAUGAUCUACCUCGAUUAUGUUUUCCCUUUGCUCUUCCCCUUUUACCGACCACCGUUGGUAGGUACCGGUCGCGCGUGGCUGUUGACAUUCAUACGGCAAAACGGUGCCGUCUUCCACUCCAUCUUGAGCUUGAGCACAUACUUUUUAACUAUUGAGCUCAAGAACGUUGUUCCGGGAAAACACAGUUUCUGCAAAUGGACUGUCUGGGAACAAACGCUCAAGCAAGCCGACUUAUCAUUCCAGAUGAUCCAUAAAGAACUUGACGAGGUCAGCCAACGAGGUACGCAGCAGGGACUCAUUGAAAAGGCUCGAUUAAUGGAAAGUAUUAUCCAGUUGCUCAUGUUUGAGUCUUUCUUGGGCAAAUCGACAAACUGGGAAUUGCACCUGAAGCCGGCGAUAACUCUGUUCAAAGACAUCAUAGGGGAAUCUCCAGAGCAGAGUCUGUCGUCCGUUUUGCAUGCCAUGGCGUGGCCAUCACGAGUUACGGGCUUUAUUGGUCGACCGUUAUGGAACACCGAUCAAGCAGCCUUUCGCUUCUUUACCGCCGUGCUGGUCUACGUUGAUAUCGUAGCCAGUACGUCGGUUGGCUGGGAGCCCUUCUUGAAGGACUACCAUACCCAUCUCGUGACAUCUGAUAAUGCGCAUGAUGUAUCGGCGUGGCCCAUCUGUGUGGCUGGCUGUCUUGCACUUGCCGACGACGAACAAAGGUUUCGUAAGAAUCUCGCUAAUAUCAGCGACCAACAAUCGUUGAAUCUGUUUCGUGAGGCUGGUGAGAUCAUGGAGGCUGUAUGGGAGAACAAGGACAAGGCGGGCCACAAGACAUGGGAUCUGGAGGAUUGUCUGCAAAUUUUAGGCCGGCAGGUUUCACUAGAAUAA